UCUAUCGCGGACAUAAAAUUCGAACAAAUAAAUUGAGAAGAUCACAAAAAGUCAGAAAAUCUAAUACAAGUUUAUUUAUUAAUUGUUGCGCGGUUUACACAAUAUGAAAAUAACAUUUUAACAGUUUAUAGUUUUAAGAAAAUUUCGCGAUUAUUCUUACGUAAUGCAUAUGCGCACGUACAAAUGUACGUACAUACAUGUAUAGAAAAAUGCAUACGUAUAUACAUGCCGGAAUAGUAUCGUGCCACGGAAUAUCGUGUACACUGUUAACAAAAUUUACAAUCUAGUAUCCGAUAUAUUCGUUAAUAUGUUUGUGUAAAACGUUCCGUUAAGUUCAUCGCUCGUAAUUAAUUUUGAAGUGUAUCGAACAUAAGCCUUCAUGUUUACGAUUAACAGUGGAAAACAUACAGGUUAUGAAUAGAUUGUAAACGUAAGUUAUACAUACAUAAUAGAAGGACAUCUGGUUAAGGUGUCCCCGUCAUUGAUAUUACGAGUAAUCGAAAGAAUUUCAUUGAAAUGAUAAGUGUCCUACCUGUGGUAAAUGCUUUUUCUAGACUAUCUAUGCGUUCGUUGUCGAUCGUUGAUCCACGUAAUAUUUCUACGUGCACGUAUCCACUAUAUUUUCAAGUGACCGAUGUACUAUCGGGUUUACCGAUAAAGAAGAAAAGGAAACUGGAUCCUGCUAUCAUUAGAGCCAGAGAAGAGAGGAAGAAAAGAAAGCUGGAAAAGCAAAUUAGACGUUUGGAAAAACACGCCAAACAACUGAAACCAAUUUUUGAGGUCGAAUCAUCGAUCGAGUUAGCCAAGCAAAAAGAGGAACGGUACCGUACACCGACGACGUUAUCUCCCGAAGAAUUGGAGAAAAGAUCGUUAUUGGAAAAGGAAUGGACAAGAUACAAACAAGAUCAGUGGUUGAAGGAUACGUACGCUAUACAAUCUAUGAUGGUUUCUCAGGAAAGAGCUUUGAUAGAAUUGAGAAUCGUGUCCGAGUAUCUUUACGAGAAAGCGAUAGAAUUCGACGAAUCGUUUCUACCGUACAGAGCAUGCGGACCGGUGAAUACUCCAUCGAUACGAAAUUAUGAGAGUCCGGAUGGUGUAUAUGCGGAUACUACUAUGAAAUAUGAGGGAGAACCCGAAUCGAAUCGAAUCGGUGAUAAAUGAAGAGUGACAUCGGUAUUACGAAUAAAGAAUAUUGUGAAAUGCAAAAAGAAA